GUAGAACAUACCUAACAUAUUAUACAACGCCAAUCACACCCAUCUCAGGUCACACAGUAACAAGAAAGACAUGGUUUUCACAGCUUCAUCAUGUAUGCUAAUGAGCUAGGGUUUGGCUGUUAUAUAAAUCACACAUUGGGCAUUAUUCGGGCACUUGGAGAACCUCUCUCAUCCAAUAUGAAAGGAUUUACUCUGCUCCUGGCAAGUCUGGCCUUAUGGUUUAAUCCUGGUAAGAAUCUGGAUUCUUUUUAAAAAAAAAUCUUUUUACAAAUUGUUUGCCUUAUUUGUUUGCACAAUUCUAGAUUUUUAACUUGUUUUCAUGUAGUUUGUCUCCGUACUGUGUCGUGAUUUCAUAAUUUAACCUGAGGGGGUUGCUUGUCAUUGCAGUGUAUUUCCUGAAAAAUGAAUCUUUUGUUUCUCCAGCAUAAUUAGAAAUUAAAUUGUGAAUUGACAGGAAUUCAGAGGGAAUUUAAAAUGCUUCAAACUGAGGCCAAACUGAUAACGGCUGACUGGGAGAUUGUACUGAUUGGCUAUAACUGAGGCCCAGGCCCGGACUGGCCUUCGGGCAUACCGGGCAAAUGCCCGGUGGGCCGCGAUGGCCGUGGGGCCGAGGCAGGCAGGGAGAUCACAGGAUCUCCCCGGCCGGCCCCUGCAGGAUCAGCGCUAUCCGAGCGCCGGCCCUGCUAUGUGCCUCCAUGGGCCGGUGGGGAGAUCAAAGAUCUCCCUCACCAGCCCAGAGGUAGUGUUACAGGCGGCCGCAGGCUGUGGACGGAGGGAGGCAGGGAUGAGAGAGGACCGGCGGAGCUCUAACCAGCAGCUCCGCCGGGUCCUCUCGCGGGAUUCUGAGCGUUGCCGCGGUUACCGUUACCGCGGCAACGCUCAGAUCUCGCGAGAGUGAACUCUAACCCACGGGUUAGAGUUCCCUCUCACCACUGGACCACCAGGGAAGGCAGCAUGGCUCCCCACCCCCCAGGCAGAAUGGAUCUCCUCCCCCCCCACUUCCCCUCCCAGGAUAAUAAAAAAAAAAAUGUAAAUUUAAAUAAAAAAUACAUUCACUCACACACACAGCACCCAGACACAGCACCCAGACAAACACAGACACACACAGCACCCCCAGACACACAUAGCACCCCCCAGACACACACAGCACCCUCAGACACACACAGCGCACCCAGACACACACAGCACCCAGACAUAGCACCCCCAGACACACACAGCACCCAGACGCAAGCACCUCCCAGACACACACAGCACCCCAGACACACAGCACGCAGACACACACAGCGCCCUCCAGACACACCAUGGCACCCCAGAAACACACAAACACCCAGACACACACAGCACCCCAGGUGCUUUACCGACAUGCACAGCACCCCAGACGCUUUUAGCGCCCUCAGACACACACAGCACCCAGACACACGCUUGUUUUAGCACCCCAGACACGCACGCCCAGACGCAGCACCCCAGACGCACACAGCACCCCCAGACACACACAGCGCAGACACACACAGCGCCUCAGACACACAGCGCACCCGAACACACACAGCGCUGAACACACACAGCGCAGACACACAGCACCCAUACACACAGCGCAGACACACACAGUGCCCAGACACACACACACAGCACCCAGACACACACAGCACACCCAGACACACACAGCACACCACAGCACCCCAGACACAGCACCCAAACUCACACUGCACCCCCAGACCGACACAGCACCCCCAGACCGACACAGCACCCCCAGACACACACAGCACCCCCAAACACACACAGCACCCAGACACACACAGCACCCUCACACACACACACAGCACACUCACACACACACAGCACACUCACACACAUAUACAGCACACACAUAUAUAUAUAUAUAUAAAAUAACCCUCAGUGAGUUAACAGACAAAGAAAAUUAGAAACCUAGAAUGUGACAGCAGAUAAAAACACCCUCACACACAGCACCCCUCUUACAUACACACACUGCGCCCCUCACACAUACAAUAAGUCCAUAUAUAUAUAUAUAUAUAUACAUACACACACACACACUACAGCACCCCUCACACUGCACCACUACACACAUUACACUCCAGAUACACACUAGAUCCCUUACCCUAUAUGCACUCUUAAUCCUCUAUACACACACACACACACACACACUGGGUCCUUUACACAGUAGAUCUCCUACACACACACACACUACAUUCCUUGUCAGCAAACACAUACAACAUUCUCUAAACACACCCUCUCUGCAACCCCUACACACACUACUUCACCUAUACACACACACUUCAGCCCGUAUGCACACACUCGCUGCAUCCCCUAUAAAACUAUGCCCCCUAUACACACACUCUCUACAGCCCCUAGCCACACAUAUUACACCACAAACACAAAUUAAAUUGACCUAUUUACACAAUACCACACCACACCACACUCUACACACACGCAAUCCCACAAGCAGGCUCCAAACACAUGCACCAUACACUUUCCUGGCCCUUUUGUCCUCUGGUAUCCCACUUGUGGAGACACCAGAGACAAUUUAAAAGCAAACACAGCACAAGCAUGUUAUUAAAUUUGCUUGUGGUGCGCAGAACAAAUACAGGGCCUUUUUCUAAUGCUAGAGCUCUUCAGCGGGGCUCUGCGCAUUGAACCAACAUGCUCACUUUCAGAGGGGGCGUGCUUGUCAUUAGUGAUGACAAAACACACACUCUCUGGCCCCGCCCCCUUCUUAGGGGGCUGCUCUGAUUGAAAAAUGCCCGGGCCUAAUUUUUUUCCCAGUCCGGCCCUGCUGAGGCCAGACUGACUGGGAGAUUGUAUUGAUUGGCUAUAACUGAGGCCAAACUGAUAACGGCUGAAUGGGAGAUUGUACUGAUUGGCUAUAAUUGAGUCCAAGCUGAUAACGGCUGACUGGGAGAUUGUACUGAUUGGCUAUAACUGAGGCCAAACUGAUAACGGCUGACUGGGAGAUUGUACUAAUUGGCUAUAAUUGAGUCCAAGCUGAUAACGGCUGACUGGGAGAUUGUACUGAUUGGCUAUAACUGAGGCCAAACUGAUAACGGCUGACUGGGAGAUUGUACUAAUUGGCUAUAAUUGAGGUCAGAGCUGAUAGCGGCUGACUGGAGAUUGUACUGAUUGUUAUAAUAAUUGGGUCAGCUGAUAUGACUGACUGGGAGAUUGUAUUGAUUGGCUAUAGCGGUGGAAACUGAUAUGACUGACUGAUUGUACUAAUUGGCUAUAAUUGAGUCCAAGCUGAUAACGGCUGACUGGGAGAUUGUACUAAUUGGCUAUAAUUGAGUCCAAGCUGAUAACGGCUGACUGGGAGAUUGUAUUGAUUGGCUAUAACUGAGGCCAAACUGAUAACGGCUGAAUGGGAGAUUGUACUGAUUGGCUAUAAUUGAGUCCAAGCUGAUAACGGCUGACUGGGAGAUUGUACUGAUUGGCUAUAACUGAGGCCAAACUGAUAACGGCUGACUGGGAGAUUGUACUGAUUGGCUAUAAUGAGCCAAACUGAUAACGGCUGACUGGGAGAUUGUACUGAUUGGCUAUAACUGAGGCCAAACUGAUAACGGCUGACUGGGAGAUUGUACUAAUUGGCUAUAAUUGAGUCCAAGCUGAUAACGGCUGACUGGGAGAUUGUACUGAUUGGCUAUAAUUGAGUCCAAGCUGAUAACGGCUGACUGGGAGAUUGUACUGAUUGGCUAUAACUGAGGCCAAACUGAUAACGGCUGACUGGGAGAUUGUACUAAUUGGCUAUAAUUGAGUCCAAGCUGAUAACGGCUGACUGGGAGAUUGUACUAAUUGGCUAUAAUUGAGUCCAAGCUGAUAACGGCUGACUGGGAGAUUGUACUGAUUGGCUAUAACUGAGGCCAAACUGAUAACGGCUGACUGGGAGAUUGUACUGAUUGGCUAUAAUUGAGUCCAAGCUGAUAACGGCUGACUGGGAGAUUGUACUGAUUGGCUAUAACUGAGGCCAAACUGAUAACGGCUGACUGGGAGAUUGUACUAAUUGGCUAUAAUUGAGUCCAAACUGAUAACGGCUGACUGGGAGAUUGUACUGAUUGGCUAUAAUUGAGUCCAAACUGAUAACGGCUGACUGGGAGAUUGUACUGAUUGGCUAUAACUGAGUCCAAACUGAUAACAGCUGACUGGGAGAUUGUACUGAUUGGCUAUAACUGAGGCCAAACUGAUAACGGCUGACUGGGAGAUUGUACUGAUUGGCUAUAACUGAGGCCAAACUGAUAACGGCUGACUGGGAGAUUGUACUAAUUGGCUAUAAUUGAGUCCAAGCUGAUAACGGCUGACUGGGAGAUUGUACUGAUUGGCUAUAACUGAGGCCAAACUGAUAACGGCUGACUGGGAGAUUGUACUGAUUGGCUAUAACUGAGGCCAAACUGAUAACGGCUGACUGGGAGAUUGUACUGAUUGGCUAUAACUGAGUCCAAACUGAUAACAGCUGACUGGGAGAUUGUACUGAUUGGCUAUAACUGAGGCCAGACUGACUGGGAGAUUGUACUGAUUGGCUAUAACUGAGGCCAGACUGACUGGGAGAUUGUACUGAUUGGCUAUAACUGAGGCCAAACUGAUAACGGCUGACUGGGAGAUUGUACUGAUUGGCUAUAACUGAGGCCAAACUGAUAACGGCUGACUGGGAGAUUUACUGAUUGGCUAUAACUGAUGCCAGACUGACUGGGAGAUUGUACUGAUUGGCUAUAACUGAGGCCAAACUGAUAACGGCUGACUGGGAGAUUGUACUGAUUGGCUAUAACUGAGGCCAAACUGAUAACGGCUGACUGGGAGAUUGUACUGAUUGGCUAUAACUGAGGAUAACCUAAUAAUGACUGACUAAGAGAUUUUUUUUGCUUGGCUAUUGCUUGGCUAUAUUUUCCCAACAUGUAAACUUCACUUUGCAUUUGGGACAGUUCACACUUUUAUCAACAGACUUGCAAAACGUUAGCAUGAUUAACACUAUGAUGUCUGAGUAUCAUGUAAUGGGAAAGCUGGAAAAAAUAUUUGAUGUUCUGAUAAAUUUCGAGUUUUUACCCCCAAAAAUUCUUUAUUUUGGAUAGUGGAUUUGAAGUUAAAUUAUUAUAAAUUUUCCAGUGAGAAGUAUUUGUAGUUUUCAGUUUCAGACAGAACAAUGUUUCUGUUUACACAAUGAACAUGAUCUGAGCUGCCAACUGAUCCUCUAGAACAGGGGUAGGCAACCUUCGGCACUCGAGAUAUUGUGGACUACAUCUCCCAUGAUGCUUUGCCAGCAGUAUGGUUGUAAGAGUAUUGUGGGAAAUGCAGUCCACACAUGUAGUUCCGCCACUGACAGGAAUUAUGGAGUAAAUCAACUCUCACCUUUAGGCAGGAAUCGUAAAAUAAUGAAAGUGAUUAAAACAAGCAUAUACGAGAUCUGUAAACCAAUGUGCAAACGAGAAAUUAAAUGGAAUUAAAUAAAACCGUUUAAUAAAGAAAUAAUUAUAAAAGAUCACACUACAAAAUGUAUACAGUUAUUAUUUUUACCAUCUGGCCUCUCAUAUUAAUAGCUGUAUGAAAACCUUCAAUAAUAGUUCAUCUUAACAUUUUAUUUUAUUUUUUUAGCUGCGUCAUUAAGUUGUUUUUUCUGUCCGAAUCAAACUGAUGCCGUAAACUGUACAAGAAUAAAAGAAUGCCCCGUUGGUCAAACGAUCUGCAAAACUACAGAAUAUAGUAAACGGAACGGUGAGUAUAUUACUUGUUCCUAUAGAUAUAAAGACAUUAUACGCUAAGCAAACAAGCAUAUCUUCCAUGCUAAAAAUCAAUAACCCCUCUAAUUGCACACAGAAGGACAAUAUCUUCACAUUUUCAUUGAUCACACAGCAUCUCAGCAUCAAUUACAUAAAUCAACCAAAUCAAAUGAAAAAAGCAGUUCACAUUAAAAGGGACACGCUAAGCACCAACAUAGCUUUAGCUUAAUGAAGGGGUUUUGGUGUAUAAAUCAAUUCCGUGUAGUUUAACUGUUCAAUUCUCUAGCAUUUAGAAGUUAUGUCAUUUUGUUUAUGCAGCCCUGGCCACACACCCCCCGGCUGUGACUCACACAGUCUCCCUACACAUUUCCUGUAAAGAGAGAUCUAAUGUUUAGAUUUGAAACUUUAUUGCACAUUCACAUAUAGCCCAACAUUAUGCAGACUGAUAGUAGUCCAGAAAAGAACAUGGAGGGUAGAGCAGUUAAUUUGUGCCUUUAGCCAAGAUAAUAUGAAAUAUGAAAGUUUUGUCUACUUAUUGGAUUAAAAAAAGUAAAAUUUUAAAGGACAAUUGCCACCUAAUAUAGUAAUACUUUCAUCGGGUUUUGAAAGGAAAUAGAUUUAUUUAAAAUUAACUAUAUGCAAAUAUAUGAUAAUUGAAACUGAUUAUGUUGUUUUCUUGUACUUUAGAAAAUCCAUAUUUGGUUAUUAAAGACUGUGCAGUAUCCUGCGUCCGUAAUAACAGUAACAGCGACAAUCCCAUAUAUUGCUGUACCAGUGAUUACUGUAACACCAGGGGACUCUACGGCAUUUGUUCGGGGACUGUGAAUUACCGCCAGGGGUUCCUGAUGUUUUUUAUUAGUGUAGCGGCAGCGCUGAUUGGAUCGCCACCGUUAUGAUCUCCGGUUCCCAUUUUGUCAGUACUGUAACAAAUUGAGAAAAAGUUCCUGUUGGCCAGAUACCGUUCGACAAAAACAAACCCAUUAUUUUUCAUUUCUCUAAUAUCUCUCAGCUAUAUCACAUUGACGUGUCAAUUCAUCUCCAAAAUAAAAAAUCCAAAAAAAGAAUGGAACAGUCACUCUGCGGCCCGUUGUGGUCAGGCUCCAGAUUUAAUUAGCACGUUGUCAGGACAGGGUCAACCCACACCACAGAUACAGUGACCAACAACAUAUAUUACCUGAUUCUUAAUCCACCUCCGAAAUGAAAUGCUUAUACAAUAAGUCCAACUGUUUAACAUCGCCUCAUUAGCAACUGGUCAUACUGACACUAAAUAUGUUCUUAGUUUAUUACCACAGAAACAUUAAAGGGGAAUGGUCACUUCUUUGGAAUUUGUACCAGUGAAUAAAACAUCGAAAAACACUGAUAACUUGAAUUAACCAUUGUUCUUUAAAAUAUGUAUUUAAUAUUUAGCAAAUUAUAUCAUAAUCCAGACAAGGCAAAUCCAGGACAUAGAUUGCUAAUGAAGGAGGCAGAGCUAAUCCUGGUGGGAUGCGGACCACCCAGGUGCGCUGUAGAUAGGCGGGGUUUGCAGCUCUAGGCUCUGCCCCCUUUCAGGUAGAUCCAGCCCCCGCACAAUCGUCACCGGAUGGCACAGGCAGCAAGGCCUGACGAGAGGGGCCAGGAUCUACCUGUAGGGGUAGAGCCUAACGCGGCACACUAAGCCUAUCUACAGAUGGAGGCGCCCAGUUGCAGGAUAAAAGGGUGUGUAUUUCUACAUUUGAUUUGAUUUUCGCAGCUCACACAUACAUAUUUCUUAAAUAAAGGGAUUAGAAAACAUAAAGUUAAAAUCCUGAGGAGCAGUUGUUCCCCCUUCUUACUGGAAAAUGCUUGCAAUCACAGGCACUCUGUCAAUUUCAGGAGUUGAAGAAACACUAUAGUGUUGGAAAUCCAAACAUGAAUUCCUUACACUAUAGAUUUAGACUACCUAUUAGGGUCCCAAGCUCCCCCUUUGAAUGGAGAAACAAGGUAUUUCACCUACUUUUUCUCCCUAGCUCAGUUUUGAUGCUCUCAGCCAAUCCAGAGGCUUUUGCGUAUGCAAAACGCUGCCCUUGCCAAUCAGCGUUUCCUCAUAGAGAUACAUUGCAUCAAUGUAUCUCUACGGGGAAACUUCAGAGUGUGGAGAUGCUGAACAUAGGUGCAGCAUACUGUACAGCACUAGGCUAGGAUGCAUCUAGUGGCCCUCUGAGUAACUGCAACUAGAGGUGUAACUAGGAAGUAAUGUAAACACUGCCUGUUUUUCUGAAAAGACAGUGUUUACAGUGCUAAGACUGCAGGGACAGACUACUAUAGUUGUUACUAUAGUGUACCUUUAAUAAAGGACUACCAUAUUCUGACUAUUAAGGUUGGACCUGCCCAUGAGGAUCCACACGAGAAACAUCAGCUUGUUCCUGAUCUAUCCUCUGCCACUUUACACGUAUCGCAUACUUCUGACAAUUAUUGUUUUGCUGUUAAAAAUUAAAGAAAAGGUGUAAAAAAUGUAAAUCUAAAUAUGAAAUAAAUUUGAUUAUUUA